AUGGCACACGCGUUUGACAAUCGAAAUUCUAUUCCGAAUAAUCAACAAAAUACAUUUCAUAAUAUUAAAUUACCAUUAUCGCAAACCGAUAUAACAAAUACUCUUUUAACAAGAUCAUCUUCACCACAAUCGAAUCAUCGUCCACCAUCUUAUGAAGAAAGUGUUUUUUAUAAAACAAUACCUACACAUCAAAAACAACAAUCUAUAUCCAAUGAUUAUAGUCCAUGUCAGACAGAAAAUCAUGGUUCUGAUACAAAACCACCACCACCUGUGCGUAUGCCGCGAUUAACAUCAAUAACGAAUAAUAAUUACGUACGUCGUACAAAUAUUUUGCCUCAAUAUUCAUCGAACGGAAUAAAAACACAUACGACUUAUUUAAAUUCAACUCAACUUUAUAUAACUCAACCUUUAUUAUCUCAAGAUCCUCCACCACCGCCACCACCACGCUAUCCUCUUCAACCUCCAGCUAUUCCACCACGUAAUUCAUCUACACUAAAUCAAAAAAAUUCAGUAAUAAUCCCGGAUUUUAAUUCAUCAAAUUCACCAAAAAUAGUUUAUCGAUCAACGGAUCAUAGAAAUGAUCUCGAACAACAAAUUGAUUCAAUUCCAACUGAUGAUAAUCGAGUUAUAACAAAUGAUUCAAUUACUGGAGAAUAUUUCGGCGAGUGUUGUAAAUGUGGUGAAAUGAUAACAAGUUUAGAUGAUCCAUGCGAUAUAUUCGGUCAAAUUUAUCAUAGUUCUUGUGCUGUUUGUGUUUUAUGUGGACGAUCCGUAAAAAAUAAGCAUUUCUUUAUUAAAGAUCAAUUAUAUUGUGAAGAAGAUUUUUUAUAUACAGGUUUUCAUCAAACACUUGAACAAUGUGUCGCUUGUAAUCAUUUAAUUACUGAUACCAUUUUACAAGCACUUGGUGAUUCAUAUCAUGUAGAAUGUUUUAAAUGUUCGAAAUGUUUGAUUUGUUUGGAUGGUAUGCCAUUUAUACGAGAUAAAAAACAAAAUCUUUUUUGUUUACAUGAUUAUUAUAUGACUUAUGGACCACAAUGUAGCAAAUGUUUAAAGAUAAUUUUUCCGGAAGACGGUUCAAAUGAAACUGUAAGGAUUAUUUCAAUGGGUAAAACAUUUCAUAUUGAAUGUUAUCGAUGUGAGGAUUGUUCAAUGCAAUUAGGUGAUGAACAAAAUCGUCGUUGUUAUCCGUUAGAUAAUAAAUUAUUUUGUCGAGAAUGUUGUCAACAACGUCUUAUUUGUUUUGAUAAUUUUUAA